AGCAUCAAAGACAAAACAACCCUCGAAGUUUUCCACUAAAUCCAAACACACCCCUGGGCUAUUAAUCCGGUUUUCCCAGUUUUGAGCCCUACUUCCGCCAUUCUCUCCGGCUCUUUGCUGCUCCUCGCUGACUCCGAUUGUGCUUCUGGUUUUGAGGGACGAAGUAGUUGCAAGCAAGUGAGAAUGGUUGAGUUUCUUUUUGAAGAUAUUUUUAGGAUUGAGCGACUGGACCCAGAUGGUAAAAAGUUUGAUAAAGUUAUCCGGGUUGAAGCAAAAAGUGAGAAGUUCGACAUGUUCAUGCACCUAGAUGUGAUGGUUACAAAGGAUUUUUUAUUGAAAGAAGGUGAUAAGUUUGCAAUGGUACUAGCUCCGACAUUAAAUCUAGAUGGAACUCCUGACACUGGCUAUUAUACUCCGGGCAAUCGGCAGUCACUUGCAGACAGAUUUGAUUACGUCAUGUAUGGGAAACUGUAUAGAAUUGCCGAUUCUUCAGGACGUGGAAAUAAAGCGGAGAUAACCGUUUCGUUUGGUGGGCUUCUGAUGAUGCUGAAGGGAGAUCCAUCUCAUUGCAACAAGUUUGAACUUGAUCAGAAGCUGUAUAUCCUAAUGAGGAAGGUGUAAAGCUCCUGCUUUUAAAAUCGAACUGUUGUUAACUUAAUGAAUGAAUACCCUUUCCGUUAUGGAAGCUUUGUCUUUACUUGCCAGACUCCUAAUUGUGUACGUUGCUAUGUGAUGACAUGAACAGCUUUAAGUGUAUAACAGGCUAAGACCAAAUUUAUGGUAAAAAUCUGCGCUUUUGUA